CGCCGAGUUCCUCCAGCACUUCGUGUCUUCAUUUCUGAGUUCUUCCGUCGUUUUCGUUUCUUUUUGUAACAGAUUCCAGCAACUGCAGUCUUUUCUGUGUAGUCUUCGCGCUGUCAAUCCUCAAUUCGCUUGCAACAAAACGUGUCUCGUGUGUGUGUGUGUAUAAAGUGUUAAGGCAACUGUGACUGUCUUCCUGCCAAACCAGCCAGUCAUCUUCUUAUAUUCUAUCUUUUGUCUUCCUUUUUUGGGGCCACCGCAGUCUCCUCCAGUCUGCUGACUGGUCGGAUUUUUUUUUUCUCUCUCUCUCUGGAAACCAUCUCAGCGGAAAACAUUCCUGCUCAUCGACUCACCCAAGAUACAAAUCCCCAACUCUGAAAACGGCUGAAAUCUUCGAGCUCGCUGGAGACCCGAUAGCCACUUGGAGCUGACCGCUUUGCUACUACAAUUCUCAGGAAGAAGUAAAUGUUCAAUCUCAGUCUUCACUUUAGCCGCUCUUAUCAGUGUGGAUUAUUUCCGUGUUAGUGGAUGGAAAGUCUCCGUUUUCUACCGUCGGCCUGUUUGGAUAAUUCCCUGUGUAUAUAUAUAUAUAUGUAUUGUUCAUUUUUGUGUUCGCUAACAGGAGUUCCGAAAUGCAGCGACUCUGGGGUUCACUGUGUUCCCUGCUCGUGUGCACAUCGAUGCUGAGCUGCUGUUGCCUCUCGGCACCUGUCGAUUGUCAUCAUGAACAAAUGAGACUGAGGGCUCAGGUGAAAGCUCUGGAACUCAGGAUUAAACAGCAACAACUUCAGAUUGAGGCAAUCUUGAGAGAGAGAGAAAACCAGAAAAACAUUGAUGUGUCAGAAGAUGAUGAAUCCCUCAAUGAAAUGGAAGGAAGAAAAUACUUUGCAGAUUGUGCAGAGCUGUACAACAGUGGUAACAGGCAUAGUGGAUUUUACCGAAUUCAGCCACUGGCAUCACGUACAAGCUUUCUCGUGCACUGUGACAUGACAGAAGGUGGUGGCUGGACUGUCGUUCAAAGACGAACUGAUGGCAGUGAAAAUUUUGACAGGGUUUGGUCUGAUUAUAAACGAGGAUUUGGAAACUUCCAAUCAAUCAAUGGAGAAUAUUGGUUAGGAAAUGACAACUUGAAUUAUUUAACAUCACAGGGAGAUUACACAAUGAAAAUCGAUCUUACUGAUUGGGAAGGUGAUAAACACUACGCACAAUACAAACGCUUCAAAGUUCAAAAUGAGCAGAGUUCAUAUGUUUUAACCUUUGGCGCCUACACUGGAACUGCAGGGGAUUCACUGAGUGGCACUUUUCACCCAGAGGUCCAAUGGUGGGCCAACCACAACGGCAUGAAGUUCAGCACAAAGGACAGGGACAAUGACCGUUAUCAUGGCAACUGUGCAAAGGAAGACAAGGGUGGAUGGUGGUUUAACAGAUGUCACUCUGCUAACUUGAAUGGACAUUAUUACAAUAGAGGACCUUUCAAUGCAAAUACAGAUGACGGAAUUGUAUGGUACACAUGGCAUGGAUGGUGGUAUUCACUAAACUCCACAGUCAUAAAGAUAAGACCUUCUGAAUUUGUACCUUCAGAAUGAAUUUUCCAAUUUUUUAAUCAAAUUUGACUAAUUUUGUAUUAUUGUACUGUAAUAAUUUCUCUAAGUAAUGCUUAUGCACAACAUUGUACAUUAUUCUGCAUAGUUAUUCCUCCAACAUUUCACAUGGCACAAAACAUUAAUUGGUAAAAUAAUAAUGCAGUCCAUUUGGUAUUUUCCAUUAGUAGCAGUAUUUAACAUUCAACAUGUAUCACAAAGUGAACAUGUAUUAUUAUCUGAGUAGGGUUAUCUGAUUUUGGUGUGUGGAGUAGGUUGUUUUAAUGCCAGGUAUGUGUUACAUUAUUCUACAGCAUGACACAUAAGACAUAUUGCCACAUUUUAUCUGUUUUUCCAUAAAUAUAUUUUAAUUCGAACAAUCAAUAUCAUUUUGUUAUUUAAACUGGAUAAAAAAUAUUCCCUUAUGACUCAGAUUCAAACAACUAUUCUAUUUUCUGUCACCAGGCAGAAAUUUAGGAUCAUUAUAUUGUUUAUCAGAAUCAGAAAUUAUUCGCUAAGUAUGUUUUGCAACAUACGAGGAAUUUCACUGGCCAGGUCAGUCAUACAAUUAAAAGCAACAGACUCAAAAACACAUUUUAACAUGAACAUCCACCACGGUGACUCCUACACAUUCCUCGCUGUGAUGGAAGGCGAAAUAAAGUUCAAAUCCUUCUUUUUGUUCGUCCUUGGUCGUGGGCCUUGAGCCCCCGUUGACGGGACGGUCUUGACUCCCGUAGCCGGUGGUGUUCGGGCCCUCCAUGUCGAGGCGAUCAGCUCCUGCAUCGGGGAGUUGUCAGCUCCCCCCCGCCGGGCGAUCAAACCUCGCGUCGGGGCUGGUCGAGCCUUCCGUGGUGUUGUAACUCCCGACCAGCCCUCUCCCGAGACUGCGAGCUCUUGAUGGUAAAGUCCGCAGGCCGCAGUGAGAGCGAUCCUAGGCAAGCUGAUCCGCUCUGAUGUUAAGUCUGCGCCCCACAGAGGGGCUCACGACAGUCCGAGGAGGCCCCCAGCUCCAGCGAUGGAAGGCCGCAGAGCCCAGAGAAUGUGAUCCGAAAAUUGAUCACAUCUCCGGCAAGGUAGGAACCUGAAAAAAAGUUUCCUUCGAUCCCCUCCCCCCACAUAAAACAAACCGAAGUACAAUAAAACAAACUUUUAACAAACGCUAAAAAUAACAAAACGAUUAAAAAAACGAACAGACUGCCGGCAGGGUUGCCAUGUCCCCAGUGUCCUUGGUGGUCAUUAAAUGGAAAUGUCCUUGAUGUUUUGAGAGAAGCAAGUCUAAAGGUUGUUGAAGCCAGUUGAAGCUGUUGAAAGAAGAUAAGAGCAGGCGUAGAUCUUUGAACCCUUUAGACCUGCUCCACAAUUCAAAAUGAUUGUGGCUGAUCAUUCAAUUUGAUAUCCUGUCCCUGACCUCCCCUUAUGUGUUGAUCCCAUGUACUGUAUAUUAAAUAUAUUUACUUUUUUCUUGUAUAUAAUUAAUGCUGGUCUCCACUGCUCUCUGUGGUGCAGAAUGAUGGACAUUUCUUCACUUGAAAAUACAUCAUCCCUACACUGAAGACAUUUCUGUUAAUCUCCAUGUCAUCAGGAACAUCGAUCUUUUAUCGCUUUUGUCUACUCUUGUAAAUUUUUUUGUAAAAAGAAUUUUAAUAUGAUCCUCUCCCAUUCUCGUAAACUCCAGUGAAACUAUCCAAAUAUUUCCUUAUCUCACAGUCCUGCCCUGCCAGGAAUCCAGCUAGUGAACUUUGGUUACACUCCCUCCAUUGUCUAGAACAUUUUUGUUUAUCAGGUAUUGAGGCAAAUACUGUACAAACAUUCCAGAUGGUGUCUCAACAAGGCCUUGUACAUAUAUACCAAGACAUGCAUAGAUAGGACAGGUUUGGAGGGAUAUGGACCAAAUGCAGGCAGGUGAGACAAGCAAAGCUGGGAUAUGUUAGCCGGUGUGGGCAAGUUGGGCUGAAGGGCCUGUUUCCACACUGUAUCACUUUAUGACUCUAUCCUUGCUCUUGUGCUCAUAUUAUCUUAUAAUGAUACAUGCCCUUUAUCUUCCUAAGAGCUUGUGGCACGAGUGUUUGCUUUUAGUGAGGGUUACACAAAGACACCGGAUAUCAACGUAUUGUUCCAGUAUUCUUAAAUAAAUAAGCUUUCGGCCUAUGACAGCUCUCUCUUUUAUAUUAGACAAGUGUGAUUGAGGUAUUGGCAAACAAAAUCAUCAACCUCAUUUAAUCCAUGGUCUGUAUUUUUUUUUAAUUGCAUUAAUAUUUAAAAGUUGCAGACAUCUGCAUUUUAUUUUACUGUCAUCCAUUCCACACCCGACCUCCCAAUCCCAUAACUAUUCAUAUUUGUAUUCAUCAAGCUUUCUUCUCCGGUGUGUAAAUACUCUUCAGAAUCUUGAGCACCAAUUUAAACAAUUUUCUCAAUUAACAAAUGGGUUUAACUAAGAAUGGGAUUAACUAAUCAAGCUGAGGAUUGAAGCAUGUUGAAUGUGACUUUUGUGCAGAGAUCUGUGCCUGAUAAUUGCAACUCAUCAUUGUGCAUUUGUUGACCUCACUAGUUGCAGAUAUUUUCCAGUGUCAUGAUUUCUCUUUGUAUGGCAAAUAAAGUAAUAGCUAUCCUCA